AUGGUGGAGGCCUUUGGGAAACUACCCAUUUGGGCAACUGUAUCUACAGGAGAGUACUUCCUUGAAUCUCAGUCAAGCAAUGGUCACGAAUUCAACCUUGAUGUGGUAUGCUUAUCGGUGAUGUUACAAUUAUCUUUGAAUGUAACAGUGAGCACCAGAUUUCUGGAUGCAGAGUCUCUCUCGAACAUCAAAUUAUUCUUUGAUCUUUGCUACACCAGCUUCGGGGAGCAGAAAGUGGAAAAAAUGAUUCAAUAUGAUUGUUGCCAGAACUGGUUUGCCUAUCAUCCAGGGCUUCCAGAAAGUGCCAUAGAAAAGCUAGAGCGUGUCACACUUACGUGUGGGUUUGUCAGAUUUGGGCCGUGGUGCGGAACGAAAAGGGCGCUAAGGGAGAAGACAAACAAAUUAGAAGACGAGAAACGUCGACGCCAGCAAACGGAGGAAGAACUCACCAAUAAAAGGAGGAGAGUGGAGCAGUCGGAGCAGAAAUUAGAACGGCAAUCCAGGGAGGCCGCGUCGGAACUCGUCAGGGUGCAGACCCAUCGUCACCAGUUGGAAACCCAGCAUAAUGCUUUUCUUGUCAUUCACCAACGCGAACGAAACGAUUUGGUUGCUUGCCAGUUGGAGCUACAAAGAUCCAGAGAGGAGUUGAGGGUACUGCGACAGACGGAUAUUGCAACGGUGACAGAGGAAAGGGAUCAGCUUCUGAGGCAAGCACAACAAUGCGAGCAAUUCAUUAGAAACAUCCAAGAAGCAGAGGCCGAGAAUGCAACCCAAUUCGACCAAAUGGAAAAUGAAAUCGCAAGACUAAGCGAUCUGGUCACAGGGAGGGAUCAAGACAUGUAUGUAGCCGAUUCCCACAAUGGGUCAGACUGGUCAGACGUUGGAUCUAAUGGCCAGGAUGAACAUGUUAGAAUAAAGCAAAAUGUGCUCUAUCGUGAGUGCUUUUAG